CACACGUUCUCGACGUCUGGGCGUACAUAUUUGACAGAAUAUUCCACCGAGUCCCAGGAUCGCAACUUUAGCAGACCCUGCAUCCAUCGAUUCUGUCUCACAGCUGGCGUGAAUAGCUCAGGGACUGGCACACAUUCACGGGAAGCCAUGGAACGCCAGACGGAGUUAAUUAUUUAAUUUUGACUUCACUCUUUUCCUCCUUCCAUCGUUUCAUGGAUCCAUCCUAAUACCCUUCUGUUUACACCGAGUGUUGGCGGUCUCCAUUCAAAGGAAGAGUUGGAUAUGCCCGAACGGUAUAUCUCAGUUUCUCUAGCCGGCUCUUGGAUGAGUGUUUUUCUCUACUCGAUGGAAAUCACUCUUGGUGCCUACCUCUUCUUCUACCAUAAACAAAACGGAUUCCAAAAGUUUAUUGUGGGGAGCUCGCUUCUCCUCGAUACUUUGUGCACCGCAGUUGUGUGCUACAACACAUGGCUUCACAUCGACCCUUUGACGGUUCAGACCUGGUGUCUAGGCGUCAUCAUCAUGCUCACCUACCUGGUUUCCGUUUUCGAACAAGUUUUCCUCCUUCAUCGAUACUGGAUUAUGUGCGGCCGCCUUGUUUCUCUCUCUUCGAUACUGAUUUUCUGUGUAGUGCUCGGAACAAAAUUGUUUUAUUACUUGUGCUCCUCGGAGUCAUUAUCCAUGUAGUCUUUGGUUUCAUCUCCGGCAUUUAUGUUUUGGUCAUUCGUCAACCUGUGUACCAUUUCGGAGUUUCUUCCGCUACGAUCGCAGCUGUUACUUGUGCUGCCACGGAUUUGUUUAUUGCAAUAAAUAUGUUUCACACGGCCCGUCGCAUCAAUACUAUAGACACCUCCGUGCAAAAUUUGUUGUACCGUCUGUCAAUUAUCGGGAUGACCAACGGAAUCGUUACCGCGACUACAACAACUCUCAUGAUCAUCUUACUCUUCACGUCUAUAGAAGCAUUCACUCUCGUGUUUGACCUUGUCGGUCGAGUAUACACUCUCACCAUAGUUGUCAACUGCGUCGCGCUCAAACGUCAGAAACCCCCACGGGACGAAUCUGUGACUCAGACCACCAGAAAUUCGAGAAGAUCAGGCUCGGUCGUUUUAACAACCCUCGAACUCAACACUUUUACGAUUCCUGAGGAUAUUGAAACCGAAAGCAGCGAACCGCCCUCUCACGCCAAAUCGGUGCCGGUGGCAAGAAUGAGAGAUACAGAAACCCCGGACAGUGUUAUCGGUGUAUAUUAGAACCUCGAAAAACCGAUGUAUAUAAUUAUCGUACCGUGCUUAUUUACCUAUUUUUAUUUGA